AUGAAGAAUGGUCGUACCUCUCCAAUUAAAUGGCAACACCUUCAGCCAAUUUUUGAUAAAGAUGCUAAUACCAAGUUAAAUAACUACAAAGUGUUAAAGAACAAGUAUGAUGGAAUGCGAAAAGACUAUAAUCUUUGGAAAUCCUUAAAAAUUAGGGAGACCGGUCUUGGUUGGAAUGAGAGUACACGACAACUAAAUUGUCCAGAUGAAUGGUGGGACAAAAAAAUUAAGGAAAACCCAAAUGUUAAGGGAAUUCGAAAAAAACAACCUUCUUUAGAGCUACAAGAAGCAUGGGAUCAAAUAUUUGGGGAUGCGGUUGCGAGUGGUGCAGACUGUGUGGCACCAUCCAUGGAUCCAAGUACUCUCAAUGCUAUGCCUCAUGUUAUUAUUGAUGAUGAAAAUCCUACAAUGGGUGAUGAUGUAGCAACCAAUGAUCAUGUCCCAGCUAAUGAUGACACUUUUUUCUCUUCUCAAAACAUUCGACACUCUUCUCACUUGGAUAACUUAGAAGAAGAAAACGCCGCUUUUUAUUCAAAUUUCAUGAAUUGGGCAGGCGGUGUCUUGUCACCGAACAAUACUGGGGAAUCUACUCAACAUCAAAAGAGUUCUAAAGAAAGUUCCAAAGUUAAACCUAUACAGAUGGAACGUAAAAAUAGAGUAAGCUGCAUGUGUAAUGUUUAA